UUAUGCCACCAUGGUCAUGGAAUAAGGAAUGACAGAGGCUCUGGUGUGCUUAUUGUAAGUGGAGAAACCUUAUGUUUGUGUAUGCAUGUGAUGAUAAGAACCUUAGAUUGUAAGCUCCUCGAAUGCAAUGUAAAAUAGGGCAGACUGACCAUUUGGAAACUCGGGCACUGCCCGAGGGCCCGGGGUCAGUAGGGGGCCCCAUGAGAUGCCCCUGGUACCUUUUUCAUAGGCUUUAUUUAGUUUGGGCAAGGACACAGGGGCCCCAUGAUCCCCUAUUGCCCGGGGGCCCCAUG